AUGGAAGUGGAUUAUAGUGCCACUUGUGAUGAGAAGAUUCCUCUGUGGAAGUCCUGGGCUGCCAGUGGUAAAGUUCAAGAAGCGAUAGAUCAGCUGUUAGCUCUAGAGAAGCAAACCAGAACAGGUGCAGAUAUGGCUUCUACUGCUAGGAUCUUAGUAACUAUUGUCCAAAUAUGCUAUGAAGCAAAAAAUUGGACAGCCCUUAAUGACCAUAUUGUUCUUCUAUCAAAGAGAAGGUCACAGCUAAAGCAGGCAGUUGUGAAAAUGGUCCAAGAAUGCUGUACCUAUAUUGAUAAAACACCUGAUAAAGAGACUAAAAUAAAACUCAUUGAGACACUUAGAUCAAUAACUGAAGGUAAAAUUUAUGUUGAAGUUGAAAGAGCAAGACUCACUCACAUACUAGCUAAGAUCCGUGAAGAAGAAGAUAAUGUUGCUGAAGCAGCUAAAAUUAUUCAGGAGUUACAAGUCGAAACAUAUGGUUCCAUGGAUAAGAGGGAGAAAGUUGAACUGAUUUUAGAACAAAUGAGACUCUGUCUAGCUAUCAAGGAUUAUAUUAGAACUCAAAUCAUAUCUAAGAAGAUCAAUACUAAGUUCUUUGAAGAGGAUGAUACACAAGUAUUAAAAGAGAAGUUCUACAGAUUAAUGAUAGCAGUAGAUCAGCACAAUGGUCAAUAUUUAGCUGUCUGCCGUCACUUUAGAGCCCUCGGGCAACUUGGUGGCUCUGAUGCCCUUGUUGGUAGUGUGAUCUUCCUUAUCCUGGCCCCAUAUGACAAUGAACAGGCAGACUUGACCCAUAGAUUGAAUGAGGAUAAAGAUUUGGAUAAAUUACCUGAAUACAAACAAUUAUUAGGUCUAUUCAUAACACCUGAGAUCAUAAGAUGGAGUACUCUUUGUUCUACAUAUGAAAAGAUGUUGAAAAAGACUCCAUACUUCAACACUUCAGAUGAAAAAGGACAGGAACGUUGGAAUGAUCUUAAAAACAGAGUGGUAGAACAUAAUAUCCGCAUAAUGUCAAUGUACUACACACGUAUCACGCUGCAACGCAUGAGCGAGCUGCUCGGGCUCAGCGUGACGGAGACGGAGGACGCUCUCAGCCAGCUGGUGGUCAGCGGAGUGGUGCGAGCCAAGAUAGACCGUCCUGCUGGUGUUGUGCACUUCAGACUGAACAUGGAUUCCUCUGACCGUCUGAACGAAUGGUCAAGCAACUUGAACACUUUGAUGCAGCUCGUCAACAAAACAACACAUCUCAUCAACAAGGAGGAAUGUGUACACAAACAUUUGUUGGCUACCGCUGAG